GGAUGGAUGAACAAGAGAGACUCUCCACAUCUAACCACCUGGUGUGGGCUUCUCUGCUUCAUUUUUUCACCUCAUUUAACCCAGCUGCUGUGUGAAAUCACCUCAAAUAUAACAAGCAGACACUUGGGGAGCACAAAUGAGCCUCCAGGUCAGAUCCAGAGACUAGCCUUCCUAAAAGGCACAAGGGAAUCACCAGGGAGGAAGGAGGGGUCAGUCUAACCAAAGCCACCAGGCCAGGGCCUGCUCUGCUGCUGACACCUUCUCAGAUGCUGCUUCCCUCUGGUGGUGACUGCUGGCCCUGCAGCUCAGGCCACGUGAUUUCUAGGAAACGCACCUCCCAGGAGGAGAACUGAAACUUAGGGUGGGGACUGUAGAAAGGGGAGGAGAGAGCAGAAACCUAGCCUAGAACAAGCUGAGCCUGUGAUAUCCUCGGUCGCUCAGGAUGGCCUCAGGCAAAGCACGCUGUACCCGGAAGCUCCGAAGUUGGAUAAUACAGCAAUUGGAAAGUGGGCACUUCCCAGGGGUGUGCUGGGAUGACACAGCCAAGACUAUGUUCCGGAUUCCCUGGAAGCAUGCAGGCAAGCAAGACUUCCGAAAGGACCAGGAUGCUGCCAUAUUCAAGGCUUGGGCACUGUUUAAAAAAAAGCAUAAGGAUGAGGACAUAGGACCCCCUGCUGUCUGGAAGACUCGCCUGCGCUGUGCCCUCAACAAGAGUCCUGAAUUUGAAGAGGUUCCUGAGAGAGGCCGUAUGGAUGUUGCUGAACCCUACAAAGUCUAUCGGAUACUGCCACCAGGAACCCUCCCUGCCCAACCAAGAAGCCAGAAAUCGCCAUCCAAGCGACCCAAUAGUGCUGUGUCACCAGAGAGGGAAGAGAAUAAGGAGAAGGGAAGGUCCAGUGGGCUUGUAAACCCCUCAGACUGUGGCAGCAGUGGCGGUGGCGGCAGCGGCGGCAGCAGCAGCGGGUACAGCAGCAGCAGCAGCCCUGAGCCGGAGGAAGGUGCUAGCCCAAGCGAAGUCUCCACUCCAGAGGACCCAGUGUUUAUAGAGCAUCCACUGCCUCUGAACUCGGACUACUCGCUGCUGCUCACCUUCAUCUACAGUGGGCGUGUGGUGGGCGAGAUCACGGUGGAGAGCCUAGACUGUCGCCUUGUGGCUGACCCCUCAGUCUCGGAGAGCAACAUGCCACAAGUGGUGUUUCCCACACCUGAUCCACUGGAGCCUAUCCAGCACCUACUGAGUCAGCUUGAGAGAGGCAUCCUGGUGGCCAGCAAUUCCAGAGGCCUUUUUGUUCAGCGCCUUUGUCCCAUCCCCGUCUCCUGGAAUGCACCUGAGGCCCCACCUGGGCCUGGUCCGCAUCUGCUGCCCAGCAAUAAGUGUGUGGAGCUCUUCAGUACCACCUGCUUCUCUAGAGACUUGGCCCAGUACUGCCAGGGCCAGGGCCCCCCACCCAAGUUCCAGGCAACCCUGCAUUUCUGGGAGGAGAGGCCUGGCUCCAGCCACACCCAGGAGAAUCUUAUCACAGUGCAGAUGGAGCAGGCCUUUGCCCGGCAUUUACUGGAGAAAAUUCCAGAGGAGCAGAAAGCCGCUUUGUUUCUGUUACAGAACCCAGAACAUCCAUCUGCUGCUUUAUCACUCUGAUCCUCAGGUCUCUGUUGAAAUAGUCUUGUUCUCCACACCAUUGGUCUACCUGCUUUGUGUUGACUAUCGAUGUGGAUUAUACAACAUGGCUGGUAGUGCAGGAUCUUUUUAUCCUUAAAAUAACUAUUUUGAGAGCCAGGCUUGUUGGUGAAUAUUUGUAAUCUCAGCACUUGGGAGACAGACUGAAUGACUUUUAUUUACCUUUUUUUUAGAUAUACCCUCUUUCAUCUCUAAGGAACUGGAAAGUUCUAAAUGGUGUGAUAUCAGAGGGAAUUUUGCUCUCUUUCCAACCCCUAACUCUAAAUCUAAGCACUUUAUGUUUCCUUCCUAGAAUUAAAUAAAAUUUAACUUGGGGGGGAGGGUAGUACACAUCUGUAACCUUGGCACCUGUGGGGCAGAGGCAUGAAGAGUGAGAAUUCAAGGCCAACCUUGGUAGCAUAUUAUGACCCUGUCUCCAACAAAUAAAUAAAAGCUUUUUAAAAGAGA